GUGUGUGUGUGUGUGUUAUAAGUGAAUGCAUCAGCAUGCGUUCAGUCCCCACUGCUGAAGAAUGAGAGCGAUUCGAAAAGAACGGAAGUGAACCGACCAUUUUGAAACCCCGCACCGCUUAGCACUAUGGAUAAGGGCCACACAGUUAAGCUCUUCGUAGGGAAUCUGGCCCUGGAAACCACGCAAGAAGAACUGUCAGCCAUCUUUGAGUCGUAUGGCCAGGUGGUUAGCUGCAGCGUCUUGAGACAGUUUGCUUUUGUACACUUGCAAGGAGAGGGCGCUGCUGAGCGUGCCAUCCAGGAGCUCAAUGGCAGAGAGUUCAAAGGACGCAACCUUGUGGUUGAGGAGUCCCGAGGACGCCCGCUCCACUCGACGAAGGUGUUUGUGGGUAAUCUGAGUAGUAUGUGCACCACAGAAGAUCUUCGGGAGCUGUUUCAGACCUUUGGCAAAGUUUUGGAGUGCGAUAAGGUGAAAGGUUAUGCCUUUGUCCACAUGGAGAACAAGGAGGAUGCGCUGCAGGCAAUUGAGGCUUUGCAUGGGACCUCCUUCAAAGGACGACCGCUCUCCGUGGAGCUGUCCAAAGUUCAGCCAAGUAAGCAGGCUCCAACUGGGAAAAUCCCGUGUGUCUGUUGUGGAAAACAGGGCCAUUAUGCAGGUGAAUGCCCAGCUGGUAAACCCACCCUAGAGCAGUACCAGAGCCAAGCGGCCGUGUUAGCUGCCGCCGCCGCUGCAGCGGCUGGCCUUCCACUGCAGGUUCAACAGAGUGUCCACAAUUCUGUGUACAACACCUCAACGUUUGACCCCACGUAUGCUGCUUUGACUGGACUUACAGCUGCUGGUGCGAGGGCGGAAGGAGGAACCGCCGUGGCGCCAGCUGUGUACGGUGCACUAGCUAGUCAAUUGUACGGGACGGUUUCCAAUCAGCUCUACGGUGGGACACUUGCAAAUCAGGCACUCAACUCUGGUGCUGCUGCAGCUGCUACACAGGUGUACGGCUCCAUUAACCCAGCUCUCUAUGGGCAGGUGACAAACGGAGCAGUCGCAGCUGCAUACGGUCCACAAGUUUACACAUCCGCUGUAGCGAAUCCAAUGUUCCUAGCUGCAGCGCACAGCAUGGAGGUACCGACCGCUGCUGCGGUUAACCAAGCUUAUACAGUAGCACCAGCUCUCUACACCGCUUCCCCGGCCUAUGGGGGUUUUGGGGCAGCUGACCCAGCAGCUAUCUUUGAGGCAGCAAGGGCGCACUACUUUGCACAAGGACAGCAAGUUCUAGCUGAACAGCAACAGGCUAGCUCAAAGUCUGGAGAGAGGGACCGGAGUCCGCUAAGAAGAUCUGCUCCGCUGCUGCCAGACCCUGUUAUGAAACCAUUUAUGUACCAGAGGGCCAAGCGCAGAGCCUUGUUGCCUACACCUGCAGGUCGAGAGGAAGCCGCUGCACAGGAGGAUGAUGCUGUAGCCAGAUACUACGCGGAAUACUACCAGCAGUACCAGCAGCUGCAGCAGUAUCCACAGUACCAGUACGCAUAUCCGUCCGCCAACCACCUUGCAGCGAUGACCGCACUGCAGACUCUGUCUGGUGUGCCUACUCAGCCGGUGGCGACGCUCGACUCCCUCAGGCCAGUGCUGCCCGCCGCCCCCGUGUCUGCCGCCAUCGCCAUGGCAACACCCCGCGUGUAUGAGCCACCGCCGAUUCCGCCGUCGCACAAGGAGCCCCUCCUCCGCCGCCCCGAACUCGCCCUACACACCCCUGAAACACCCUUCCGCUAGUGUGCUCCACGUCCUCUCUGCCUCUCCUUUCCUUGUGCUGCGUGUGUGUGCGUGUCAGAAAGAAGCCACAGGUGUAUGUUUAUGAUGUGUGCGUGCUUGGGUUUAAGACGGUGGCUGUGUCGGUUUUAACUACAGACUGGAGCCUCUAACCUUGGUUCUGAUCUCACACACACCCAGUGUAGUCAGGGCUGAAAAGGGAAAACUGCAUGCUCUCAUUCCUGCACACGUAACCAAUGUAACACAUUGUCUGUUUAAAGAAACCUUCAAUCUAUUGCCAAUUAGUUUUUAAGAGUAGAUUAGGCACUAGCCAUGAUGCUUUUUAACUUUUAUAUUCUAAGUGUUUGUAGUCUAUGAAUGAAUACUGGACUUGAUAUUUUUAAAUACUGCUUGAUUAGUUAUAUGAACUUAAUCAGUUUACACAUUCAUUUAGUUAAGACAUUUAGAUUUCGAUGCAUUACAAAAAUGUUGAAAUAAGUUGAAUGUAUGUUUACUCCAAAGGUGUGUGAAGUGUAGGACCAGGGUUGGAAAGUAUUUUAUGUGUCUUUGUGUGUGUGUGUUCCUUGUUUUUCUCUGGGACUGUGGUGUAGCGUGUAUGCUUUCCAUUGGUUGUCACGACAGGAACGCACACGUGUACACGUGCACAGGGAAGCAACCUCGAUCCACACACACAUACAUAUGCAUCCCUUACACCUCAGAAGGGAGAAAC